AGAAGAAGAAGAAGAAGAAGACGAAGAAGACGCGGGACGUGUUCCCCUGGUUACUGCAAUGUUAGCUGCAUGUUGUUGACUGUGAAUAAAGUGGCCAUAACAUGAUUUCUAGCUCGCCAGUAAACACUGAAACUUAACUCGUGUAGGAAGGAGACGUUGCCGCGAGUGUGUCGUUGUGUGUUUCUGCCCCUGUCAGACACGGAGGAUGAAGGUGAAGAUCCGACAGUGGAACGGGGUGGCCUCUUGGUUGUGGGUGGCCAACGAUGAGAACUGUGGGAUCUGUAGGAUGCCCUUCAAUGGCUGCUGCCCGGACUGUAAAGUGCCUGGAGAUGACUGCCCGCUGGUCUGGGGUCAGUGCUCUCAUUGUUUCCACAUGCACUGCAUCCUGAAAUGGCUGAACUCGCAGCAGGUCCAGCAGCAGUGCCCCAUGUGCCGACAGGAGUGGAAGUUCAAGGAGUGAACCUGUGUUGGCGGCGCUGCAGUACGCCUGCAGACACUCACAGGCGCCUGCCGAUGGGUUUUAUUUUUAUAUCAGCUGUAAAUAAGUGUUAUUGUAUUUCUCCAUCUGAUGGAACAACCUGUUAUAUUCUGUUGACAGAUCUGGUAUGUGAUUAAAAAAAACCUAAAAAGGGA